CCUUAUCUUGUCAGGAGGAGGACUGGUUCUUAUGAAAAGAAAUUCUACCUUUUCCUGUCUGGAAACGAGUCCGCUAUUAACUGUGCAAACAUGCAAAUCUUUGUGAAGACAUUGACUGGCAAGACCAUCACCCUUGAAGUUGAGGCCAGUGACACUGUUGAGAAUGUGAAGGCCAAAAUUCAGGACAAGGAAGGUAUUCCCCCUGACCAGCAGAGGUUGAUCUUUGCUGGCAAGCAGCUAGAAGAUGGCCGCACUCUGUCCGACUACAACAUCCAGAAGGAGUCCACCCUCCACCUCGUCCUCCGUUUGCGAGGUGGAAUGCAGAUAUUUGUGAAGACCCUUACCGGCAAGACCAUUACGCUUGAGGUUGAAGGCAGUGACACGGUUGAGAAUGUAAAAGCCAAAAUUCAGGACAAAGAAGGCAUUCCCCCUGAUCAACAGAGGUUGAUAUUUACUGGAAAACAACUAGAAGAUGGCCGCAUGCUCUCUGACUACAAUAUCCAGAAGGAGUCCACCCUCCACCUUGUACUGCGUUUGAGAGGAGGAAUGCAGGUCUUUGUGAGUCUGCUAGUGGGCAAGGUCACUUUUGAGAGUGAGGGCAGUGCUACCAUUGAGAGUCUCAGACCCCAAAUCCAUGUCAAAUCAGGUCAGGUGAAGCUCAUCCUUGCUGCCAAACUUCUAGAAGAUGGCCACUACCUGUCUGACUACAACUUCUAGCAGCAUUGUAUACUUUUGGUUGUCUUGCGACUGCGAGGUGGCAUGCUGAUCUUUGUGAAGACUCUCACUGACAAAACCAUUAAUCUUGAGGUUGAAGACAGUGACACAAUUGAGAAUAAAGCCAAAAUCCAGGACAAGGAAGGAAUUCCCCAUGAUCAGCAGAGGUGGAUAUUUGUUGGCAAGCAAUUAGAAGAUGGCCGUACCCUGUCUGACUAAAACAUCCAGAAAGAGUCAACCCUCGAUCUUG